AUGGCUGCUCCUUCCUUCCCGGGCGCUUCGCCCUCUGCUUGGCUUUGUUUGUCUCCCUACUUCGUUGUGCAGAAGCAUCCUCGUAUCGAGGCCCGCCGUUUCGGCUUAUAUGCGGUCACGGCCUUGCCAGCGGGGUUUACGUUCCAUGAAGAGUCUCCGACAUUUGCUCUCCAACACGCGAUGAACAAAAGCCUAGUUCGUGCUUGCUGUCACUGCCAGCGCGUGGUUGGGGAUGCCGGUGUGCAGCUGAGACACUUGUUUGCGGCGGCAAAUCCUGAGGCUUUAGCGGAUUUCGACUGCUUGCCGUCGGACGCGUUCUGCGGGUCUCUCUUUUCUCCCGUUGUCUUGUGUCCCGGAGGCUGUGGAGAAGUAUACUGCUCGGACGCGUGCCAAGCCGCUCACAUGGAGCGCAGCCACCGGUUCCUGUGUGUCGGUCCUCUGAGUGGAAGUCACCCCCUGGUGGCCUUCAAGCGGCUGUGUCUGGACCAGACUGAGAUUCUCCUCCUGGCUGCCGAAGCGAUCUGUGCGGUGGUGACGCAUGCGACGGAAAACGUAUGUCUUCCGAUCCUGCGUGGAGGCCUUCAAGCGCCCGCUGUGGAGGGUCAAGGUCCCUCCUGUGGGGGACCCCAACAGUCCCAGAGCGACAAACUCUAUUCGAGCGCUGCGGAAACGGCCGACAGGCCACAGUUGAUGCAACGUCACCAGGGACAGGUGCGGCAGAUCCUGGCGGCGAAGGCCCAAGAAGUCCGCGCAGAGGCUGAGCGGCUCUUCCAAGUUCUGCUGGAUUACGCACACGACCGGUGGGAACUGCUGGGAGAGGAAGGCGAAGCUGCGGGCGACGAGGGGGAACCCGUGGAAGAGCGAACAGCUGUGCUCGACCUGGCACGCCGCCAACUGUUUGCUGCGUUUUCAAAUGGGGCUGGAGAUGCAGCGUCUGAAGACGAAACGCGUUCUCCCGCACACCAGCCGGGGGCGCCAGUUGUUGCUUCUUUUUUUCAGCAGUCCAGUGAACUGCUCUCGCGCAUUGCAGGUUUACUGGAGAAAACGAACUCCCACGUGGUGGUGGCCUCGCCCUUGAACGCCUAUUUUACGGGUUUGCUCGCGAACACUCACGCCCGUUCACGCCUCUCGCGUGACAUCCUAGCCUUCCUGCUACGAGAAAAGGAAGUCGCGAUGCUCCGCGCACUUGGAGAGGAAGACGAGUCAGACGAUGAGGAAGACGAAAUGGACAUGGCGGCUGCAGAUCGCUCAAGGCAGCGGCGACACCUGCUCGCCACGCGGUUUGCCGACGUGCCGUGUGAAGACCUCGUGCCGCCCGACAGCUCCGCGGCUGAGGGCUCCAAAGACCCGUCGAGUGCGAACUGCACGCGGCUUCGAGAUAUCGUGCAGCCUCAUGCCUUCCCUGAUGUUCAUGGAACCGGAUUCUACCCGUCUAUAGGGCGAAUGAAUCAUUCGUGCGCUCCAAACGUCCGCGUAGAGUUCCCUUACGGAACGAACAGAAUUAGCCUCGUGACAACCAGGCCGGUCGAGCCGGGCGAAGAGCUGUGCAUUUCCUAUGUCGACGGAGUCGAGUCAAUGACAGCUGAUGAAAGACGAGAAGCUCUGGAGAUCUUUGGUUUCCAGUGCAGCUGUGACGUAUGCUUCACUUCCCGGUAA